ACAACUACGACUGCGAAAAGUGCAGGAACAACGGCAGGUCCAACAACUACAACUGGUGGACUUACAAAAACCACUGCAGGUCCAUCAACGAAAGGACGAAAAACAACAACUGCCGAACUAGUGACAACCGCAGUAGCAACAACAACAUCUGUAGGAUCUACAUCCACAACAGAAGGAGCCACAUCCACAACGAUAGCAGGACGAACAAUGACAACUGCAGGACCAAUAACAACGAAUGCAAGACCCAGAACUACUUCAGCAGGACUUACUUCAGCUGCUGCGAAAACUCCAAGAACAACGGCAGGUCCAACAACUGGAACUGCUGAACUAACAUCG